CAUUACAGGGCUGGCUGCACAACUGAAAGUGACACUCGUCUCUUUCACGUUCAAGUGUGUGAGCAUUGAGCUACACCGGCAGGACCACCACCACCACCACCACCCAUCCAACCAACCACCCACCCAACGAUCAUGGGGGUCCACAUCCGCGUCUCCAACAACUUCAGCACCUUGGAUAGCAGCCUCUCCCCGGGUCCUCCGGACGACACUACGCGUGGACCGGACGCUUCGGGGAACUUGAGUCGCAGCGGCCACACGGUGGUGGCGGUGUGCUUGGGCGUCAUCCUGGUGGCGGGCAUCGUCAACAACUCGCUGACGCUGCUGGUUUUCGCCCGGUUCAGGUGCUUGUGGACGCCCAUUAACGUGAUUCUGCUCAACAUCAGCUUGAGCGACGUGCUGGUGUGCGUGUUCGGAACCCCGCUCAGCUUCGCCGCCAGUUUGCAAGGACGCUGGCUUAUCGGAGAGUUCGGGUGCAGAUGGUACGGGUUUGCAAACUCCUUCUUUGGGAUCGUGUCCUUGGUGUCCUUAUCCGUCCUGUCGUACGAGCGCUACACCACGGUGCUGCAUUCCUCCCAAGCGGACAUAUCGGAUUUCCGGAAAGCCUGGUUGAGUGUCGGGGGCUGCUGGCUCUAUGCCCUCUUCUGGACGCUGCCUCCGCUACUAGGCUGGAGCAGUUACGGGCCUGAGGGUCCCGGGACCACCUGUUCGGUCCAGUGGCACCUGCAGUCAACCGGCAGCAUCUCUUACGUGCUGUGCCUCUUUAUCUUCUGCCUGCUACUCCCGCUUCUUCUUAUGGUCUACUCUUACGGACGCAUCCUGCUCACCAUCAGACGGAUAGGGAAGAUCAAGCCCCUGACAGCUGGCCGCCGAGAGCAUCGUAUCCUGAGGAUGGUGUUAACGUUGGUGUCGUGCUAUCUUCUGUGUUGGAUGCCCUACGGCGUGGUGGCGCUCAUGACCACCUUCGGCGGCUCGGGGCUGGUCACGCCCUCCACCAGCGUAGUGCCCUCCGUCCUGGCCAAGUUCAGCACCGUCAUCAACCCCAUCGUCUACGUCUUCUUCAACAACCAGUUUUCCCGAUGUCUGGUGGACUUUGUGAAGUGCAAAGCCCAACCGCUGUCGGUCCAAGAGAUGCGGCCCAGCCCGAAGUCGCAGAGAUUAUGCGACUUGUUCCCCGGUAUACGGCGUCGUCGCCCGCUCAGCGGCACCACCGACCUCGGCCUGGGUGGCAGCCGCCGUGCCCUCGUUGUCCGCUACACACCGCAGCCGCCCCUCACUCUCGAAAGAUGACCAUUCAGUAGAUUUGUGAACAAACAACGCCAAUCCUCUCCACACGCACAAAGGCAGUGGCGUGAGAAGUUGCAAGAACUCAUCAUAGUACAGACUCUGAAAUGUGCUCAUUGACUGAAGUACACAGGCUACAAUAUACCUAUUUUCAUAGCUAAAACAAUAAAACUUUUCUGCGC